CCCCAAGACGGCAUCAACGCAUCACUUCAGAUCUCUCUCGCUCCAUCGGAUGAAGUUCGCCCUGAUCGUUGCCUUCGUGGCCGCCACCGUCCAUGCUGCCGCCCCCAAGUCGUUCCAGUGCUUUGAAGGAAAGGACUUUUUCGGGCACGGAGAUGUCAGCAACGUUCCUGGCGGUACUCCCGAAAUCUGCCAGAAGGCUUGCUCUGAAGUCCCGGCAUGCAACGCUGUUGCGGUUGCCCUCUUUGACGGCAACUGCUACCUCAAGACACUAACCCAGGAUAGUCAAUCCCGCUUGGUUGACAAGACUGACGUCAUCACAUGCGUUGAUGUUACCUUGACUGGCGGCGCCAACGCUGGUGGGGCAGGGGGUGCCGCCGCCAAGGAAAAGUUCACCGCCUCCGACGACGACGAUGACGACGAUGACGACGAUGACGAUGAUGACGAUGAUGACGAUGAUGACGAUGAUGACGAUGAUGACGAUGAUGACGACGAUGACGAUGAUGACGAUGAUGACGAUGAUGACGCAUUGUUCGAUGAAGAUCAAUUCGAUGGCGAUGUCCCCGACAGCUUGGCCGACUCACUGAGUGCCGACGAAGACGGCGCGCUGUACUACGAAAGCGACGUCGACGACGAUGGUCCGUAUGAAUCGGACGUCGUGAGUCACGAUGCCAAGUCAGACGAUGACGAUGACGAUGACGACGAUGAUGACGAUGAUGACGACGAUGACGACGACGAUGACGACGAUGACGAUGAUGACGACGAUGACGAUGACGACGACGAUGACGAUGAUGAUGACUACGUUGAAUAG